CAGACUGGGCUGACACGGCAACGGGAGGACUGAUAUUGAUCGUCUCGUGCGCGAAGCUACGAGCAAGAAGUCAAGCGUUACCCGCUAUGCUUGUUGCUCGUUGAAAGCGCCGACUCGACUGGCAGGGGUGACUCUGUCAACCUUGCAAGAGCAUUCACCCUUGUUUGAUAAGAGCGCGCUCUGGCGGCAUCCCGUGGGAGCGCCCAACUUGAGCGCAGCGCCGUCCUUUGCAGCUGCAUAUGGCACCAAGGAGAGGUUCUGCUAUUGUUGCAACUGCCAACGAGCAGCGUGCCGUCAGCGCAGAGUCGGCCGACCGCCUGCCGUCAACACUCAUGCUCGACCCGCAGGAAGAGACGCUGAUGGGUCGACCGUCACAUGAGGCGAGUGCCCCAAUGCACGCAGCUGUGGAUGACGGCGGAUCAUAUACGAACGAGCCCCCUUCGGCCAUGCUGUCAGGCGCGGCCUCGUCCGACAGCCGUACAUCUCAUGAUUACAUGCCGAAUCUCGUGUUUCCUGCUCCGGAGCAGAGCACGACGGAGCCUACAGAGCGCGAAGAGCGCGCAGGAAGUGGCGAGGCGGACGGUCCUCGGCCGACCUGGUCGAGAGCCUCGACGGCUUGUAACCGUUGUCGCUAUCGCAAGAUUCGCUGCGAUGGCCAGACACCUUGCUCCCGAUGUGCAGACGCCAAGGCGGAAUGUGUCAUCACCAAAGUCACGAGCACAGAGAAUGAGAUGGCUCGCGCCAAGAAAGCGGCCGCCAAAGAAGCAAAGAGGCUCAAGCUCGAAGCCGAGGGCAGAACGCUGGACGACGAUGCCGUGAAUAAGCCCAGCAAAGCCAGGCGGAAGAUCACAGCAGCCAAGGCACGCCAACGCAAAACUUCUGUCAGAGCCAAGCAAAGCGAAGAAGACGCCAUCUAUCCGCCCACUGACUAUCCUCCUGCGCCAUAUCCUGCUGUUUUGCCAUCUCAGCUCUCGCCAGGAGCUCAAUACAGCGAAAGCAUCAGCCCACGCAUGAAUCAUCUGGAAGGCUUGUCGCGAGGAUAUCCCUCACGACUGAGUCAAAUGACGAGCGAUCCUGUCAGACCGUCCGGCUUGGUUGCUCGAGACUCGGCCAGGCGCUUUCCAGACAGCUUUCCAGGCGUGCCUGCUGGGUUGUAUCCGGUCGAAUCGCCGGGUCUACCACCUUUGUCUGAUCGGCCGGCGAUACAUUCUGAGUACUCGCCACCGACAGCGGUGCCGUUUCGCGCUUAUGCGCCACCCAUGGAAGCACCGAAUCACCCAGUCAUCAGCCAAGCCUCGCUGCUGCCUGCCCGUAUGCCAACUCAGACUUCCCCUCAUAGUACAUCGUACUUGAGGCAACCACAGCUGUCGCCUUCAGGAUCGCCCGAAUGGGAGCAUGCACCCCGUAUGCCACCACGGUCGGUGCAGAUCGAUCCUAGCCUGGCCAUGACGGCGCCUCUGACGAGUGCACACGACAGUCACAUCACUUGGGAGCCGACCAAAGCUAGCCAUCAUGGGAUACGUCGGUCCGACGAGACUAUCUAUUACUCAGCUCCGAUGGCCUCGACGAACAGUAGAGGCCAAGAACGUCAUCACAAUGAACAAGCCAGGCGUCUGAACUAUUAUGGCCACUACGAUGGCAGUCUCGCAAACGGAAAUGACGUGCAUUCGCAGCUCUACGAGCAUUCGUCUACUGCACCUGCGCCACCGACUUUUGAGCCCUAUGCCCAAGUCCACUCGCUUAAGCUGCCACCGAUACGUGGAGAGUAUCCGCUUGGGCAAGGAAGAUUAUCACCGCCAGAUCUCAGGCCCGACGAUGGACGCAUGGGUCUUCACGGAUCAGGCUGGCCAGAUAGGACUCGGACAAUGUCUCCGAUUGACUUUUCGGAGGCCGAGAGGCUGCACGAGGACGAUGACGCUUUGACGAGGCUAGACAGUCUCCGCGGUGAUUCCCCCAUUCACGCUUACUAUAGUCACCAACAACCCAUGUCUGCGCCAGCCAUGAUGUCUUCUCAUGGCUCGCAUGCUUCUCAAGACGCCCUCGACCGCUCCACAGAGCAUGUCAGUUUGAUCCAACCUGCUGGUAUCACUUCAUAAGGCCUUCGAUUGCGAUGACGUUCAAUACUGUGUUGUUGCAGAACGUGUAAUCUGUACCUGGAAAAAAGGAUAUGCUUUCGAAUUACAUCAACAGUCUGACCUGU